CGAAGUGGAAAGAAUAAUUUUUGUCGGCUAAUAUAUUAUAUUAUUCAUUUGCAGCUGUAAUUAGAAUAAAGACAAAAUGCUAACAAAAUUUGAGACCAAGUCUGCAAGAGUGAAGGGUUUAUCCUUUCACCCAAAGAGACCAUGGGUUUUGGCUAGUUUACACAAUGGUGUCAUUCAAUUAUGGGAUUAUCGAAUGUGUACACUAAUUGAUAAAUUUGAUGAACAUGAUGGACCAGUCCGAGGAAUUUGUUUUCAUCAACAACAACCUUUGUUUGUGUCUGGAGGUGAUGAUUACAAAAUAAAGGUAUGGAACUAUAAGCAAAGAAGAUGUUUGUUCACAUUAUUAGGCCAUUUGGAUUACAUCAGAACGACAGUGUUUCAUCAUGAAUAUCCAUGGAUUCUCAGUUCAUCAGAUGAUCAAACAUUAAGAAUAUGGAAUUGGCAGUCAAGGAAUUGUAUCAGUGUAUUAACAGGACACAGUCAUUAUGUUAUGUGUGCAAUGUUUCAUCAAUCAGAAGAUUUGGUAGUUUCAGCAUCAUUAGAUCAAACUGUGAGAGUCUGGGAUAUAUCAGGAUUAAGAAAGAAGAAUGUAGCACCAGGACCUGGUGGUUUAGAAGAAAGAUUACGUGGUAGUGGUCAAACAGAUUUAUUUGGUACCUCUGAUGCUAUUGUUAAACAUGUUCUGGAAGGACAUGAUAGAGGAGUCAAUUGGGCUGCAUUCCAUCCUACUCUACCAUUAAUAGUAUCUGGUGCUGAUGAUAGACAGAUUAAACUUUGGAGAAUGAAUGAAUCUAAAGCGUGGGAGGUAGAUACAUGUAGAGGACAUUAUAAUAAUGUAUCAUGUGUUUUAUUUCAUCCCAGACAAGAUCUAAUACUCAGUAAUUCAGAAGAUAAGAGUAUCAGAGUCUGGGAUAUGAGCAAAAGAACUGGUGUACAAACAUUCCGACGUGAACAUGAUAGAUUUUGGGUUAUGGCUGCUCAUCCAACACUUAAUCUUUUUGCUGCAGGACAUGAUAAUGGUAUGAUAAUAUUUAAGUUAGAAAGAGAAAGACCAGCAAGUGCUGUACAUAAUAAUAUACUGUAUUAUGUUAAAGAAAAAUAUCUUCGUAGACUAGACUUCAAUACAUCUAAAGAUGCUCCAGUCAUGCAGUUGAGGAGUGGAUCAAGAAGUCCAGUAUAUAGUAUGUCCUAUAAUCCUGCAGAAAACGCAGUUCUUUUAACUACAAGAGCCAGUACAAUAGAGAAUAGUACCUAUGAUUUAUAUGCUAUACCUAAAGAUUCUGAUUCACAGAGCCCUGAUGCACCAGAAGGUAAAAGGUCAUCAGGUUUGACAGCAGUAUGGGUGGCUAGAAAUAGGUUUGCCGUUUUAGACAGAACACAUUCAAUUAUAAUCAAGAAUUUAAAGAAUGAAAUAACCAAGAAGGUACAGACACCAAAUUGUGAAGAUAUAUUCUAUGCUGGUACUGGAUGUUUAUUGUUGAAAGAAAAUGACAGUGUCACACUAUUUGAUGUUCAACAGAAAAGAACUCUAGCCAGUAUCAAGAUUUCUAAAGUAAAAUAUGUUGUUUGGAGUAGUGAUAUGUCACAUGUAGCUUUAUUUAGUAAACAUGUGAUAUCUAUCUGUAAUCGUAAAUUAGAUAAUCUAUGUACUAUACAUGAGAAUAUUCGUGUUAAGAGUGGUGCCUGGGAUGAAAGUGGUGUCUUUGUUUAUACUACCAGUAACCAUAUUAAGUAUGCUCUAACUAACGGUGAUCAUGGUAUUAUAAGGACAUUAGAUUUACCUAUCUAUAUAACACGUAUAAAGGGUAAUAGUGUCUAUUGUCUAGAUAGAGAGUGUCGACCAAGAGUUCUGAACAUUGAUCCUACAGAAUUUAAAUUUAAACUGGCUCUUGUAAAUAGAAAAUAUGAAGAGGUAUUACAUAUGGUGAGAAAUGCUAAAUUAGUAGGUCAGUCUAUCAUAUCAUACCUACAAAAGAAAGGUUAUCCUGAGGUAGCUCUACACUUUGUUAAAGAUGAGAAAACUAGAUUUGGUUUGGCACUGGAAUGUGGAAACAUUGAGAUUGCCUUGGAAGCAGCUAGAGCACUAGAUGAUCAAGCUUGUUGGGAGAAACUAGGAGAAGCUGCUUUACUUCAAGGAAAUCAUCAAAUAGUGGAGAUGGCCUACCAGAGAACUAAGAACUUUGAUAAACUAUCUUUCCUCUAUCUUAUUACUGGUAAUCUGGAGAAAAUGAGGAAAAUGAUGAAAAUUGCUGAAAUUCGUAAAGAUACCAGUGGACAUUUUCAAGCUUCUCUGUUACUAGGUGAUGUGAAUGAAAGAGUUAAAAUAUUAAGGCAAUGUGGACAAAAAUCACUAGCCUAUGUAACAGCUAAAACACAUGGUUUAGAAGAAGAAGCAGAAGAAAUACAGGAAGGUUUCGGUGAAAAUGAUAAAGUACCAGAUUUAUAUCCAAAUGCUACCCUUCAACAACCACCAGUACCUAUCAUGCAACAAGAAUCUAACUGGCCAUUAUUAACAGUAUCAAAGGGUUUCUUUGAGGGAGCUAUGGCUGCUAGAGGUGGUAAACAGAGCUCUAUGGCUGCUGUAGAAGCUGAUGAUAUGGGAGCUGGUGAAGGUUGGGGUGAAGAUGCUGAACUUGUUCUGGAUGAAGAUGGUUUUGGUAAAGGAGAAGGCUUUGAUGAUGAUGGUGUUGAAGUUGGUGAUACUGAAGGUGGUGGAUGGGAUGUUGGUGAUGAUGAUUUAGAAUUACCAGCAGAUCUGGAUGUAGGACCAGUAUCUACUGGUGAAGAUGGAUUUUUUGUACCACCAACUAAAGGUACAAGUCAAGCUCAAGUUUGGUGUAAUAAUUCACAGUUACCAGUUGAUCAUGUGUUAGCUGGAUCCUUUGAAACUGCUAUGAGACUGCUACAUGACCAGAUUGGAGUUGUGAGUUUUGAAUCCUAUCAGAAAUUAUUCCUACAUACCUACAGUAGAUCACGAACAAGUUAUAUUGGUUUACCUUCAUUACCUCCAUUCUUUGGUUAUCCACAUAGAAACUGGAAAGAAGCCGGUGCCAGAAAUGGAGCCCCCUCAGUUGGUCUCAAGUUAAAUAUGUUAGUACAGCAACUUCAAACAGCCUAUUUAUUAACUACAUCAGGAAAAUUUGCUGAUGCUGUUGACAAAUUCAGAUCUAUUUUACUGAGUGUUCCAUUAUUAGUGGUGGAAAAUAAACAAGAAAUAGCAGAGGCUCAACAAUUGAUAGAAAUAUGUAGAGAAUAUAUAGUUGGUUUAUCUAUGGAAAAUAAAAGAAAAGAGAUGCCGAAAGCCACAUUAGCUGAUCAAAAACGACUAUGUGAGAUGGCUGCUUAUUUCACCCAUUGUAAUCUCCAGCCUGUACAUUUAAUAUUAACAUUACGUACAGCUCUUAAUCUCUUCUUUAAACUCAAAAAUUAUAAAACAGCAGCUUCAUUUGCUAGAAGAUUAUUAGAAUUAGGACCAAAACCAGAUGUAGCUACUCAGACCAGGAAAAUUUUAGCAGCUUGUGAAAAGAAUGCUACAGAUGAACAUGAAUUAAAAUAUGAUCAACAUAAUCCAUUUGAUAUCUGUGCUGCUACUUAUGUUCCUAUUUACAGAGGUAAACCAGUGGUGAAAUGUCCUUUAAGUGGAGCAUGUUAUUUACCAGAGUUUAAAGGUCAAGUCUGUAGGGUGUCUGGGGUUACAGAGAUAGGUAAAGAUUGUAUUGGAUUACGUAUCAGUCCAAUACAGUUCCGGUAAAAUAUGGAAUAUAGUGCUAUUUCAAAAGACAAUUAUAUAACAAACUUGUAAAUUAUUCACAGUAUAUUUGUGAACAAUGAAUUUGUAAAAGAAAUUGUGAUUAUUUGCUAUUUGUGCAGUACAAAGUGGGUGUUAUUCAUUUCUUGGUAAAAUAUUUUGUUGUUGGCUGAAAUAUAUUUUAACUGUGUAUUAAGCUAUCAUGCUUCUGUGAUUGAUGACCAUAAUUCAUAAAGAUACACAAUAUCUUAUAAAAUAUACAUAUACAUAUACCUCACAUGUCCAACUUACUAUUUCUUAGAUAAUAAUAAUACAUGUGCUAAGCUAUUGAUUCUGCAUUAAAUAUUAUAUUAUAGAUAGUGAACCAUCUUCAGGUUACAAGUGUACAUGUUCAUGGAAACAUGACAGUGAUAUCUGUUUUCAAGCAAAUUAAAAAUUACGUGUACUCGGCAUGUAUUUAUUUUUGUAUGAAAAAAAUUCUACAGCUCUACUACUUGAAAUUGUAAUAGCAGUUCUGGUUCUCUUGUCUUGACAACUUUCAAUUUGAAUAAAUUUGUCCUCAAAACCUGUCUUUAUACAAUAACAAUAUUGUCUUGCUAUUUAUUAUCAUUUAUUGUUAAUGCAUUAUGUGAAUAAAAACACAAACCUUUU